AUGCUGGCUGAAUCGAUCUCACAGCUGGCGCAACUGACUGGAAUAAUGACUGUUGCGGCCCCGCAGGCUAAGAAACUCACGCGCGAGAGUGCUUCCAAAGUGCGCACCGGUUGUCAGACUUGCAAGAUCCGACAUAAGAAAUGUGACGAAACCCGUCCAGCGUGCCGCAUGUGCACCAAUACCGGACGGACAUGCGAUGGUUAUCAGACAGGUCCCGAUCGAAGGACGCGCGCAUUUCGCAGCAAUCGCAAUGCCAGGGUGGUGACAAUGCUACCUGCUAAUGGAAACGCCCUAGAAAGACUUGCCCCUGUUGCCAUUGCUGCAGCUCCACGGCCAAAUAUGGUCUCUGGGUCUGGGCCCUUGUUCUACAUGGCCGAUGCUAGUCGCUUCAGCCUGACUCAGGAUGAACGCCACUACCUCAACUUCUUCAAACUACGCACCGUCUCUCAGUUCUCUAGCCAAUUUGGCCGUGUAUUCUGGCUGCAGAUGAUUCCUCAGAUGGGCGAAUCAGAGCCCGCCCUGCGACAUGCUUCCAUCGCCAUGGGUGCUUUGCAUUGGAACUUUGUAGAGAAAAGGUCUAGCGCCAGGGCUUCGGCCAAUGACCCUUUUGCCCUACAGCAGUGCAACAGGGCCAUCUCAUAUCUGAAACAUGAGCUUACUGACAAAAGCCGUGCGCAUUUAGAGAUAGCCUUGGUCACGUGUAUCAUGUUCAUCUCAUUCGCCCUGUGUCAGGGAGACUACUAUGCCGCCAGUCGUUUGCUCGAGGGAGGCUCGAAGCUGUUACGAGACUGGCUGGCCAUAAACCCGGACCCUAACUCUUCCAUUAGGAUAAUAUUUAUCAAGGCGUUUACUCACAUAAAUUUUUAUUUUUUAAUAUUUGCAGACCCCGGGCUAUUUUCUUCCCCGUCCGGCGAGAAGUCAGCCGAUAUUUCCAAAGUCGAAAAUUUUCUCUCUGGGCUGUCUGCGCCUAUUGAUAACUUGGGUAAAGCAGGCGGCAUGAUUUUCCAUCUUUGUGCGCUAGCGAUGCAAGAAGACCCGAGGGUGCGUGUUUUGACAAACAACAAGCGGCAUUCGAUUCUGGCCAAGCUACAAACAUGGACAAAGGAGUUCAGCGACUCCUCUGCGAAUUGUGGCGGCGUCUCGCUACUGAAAAACAAUCUCGCCUUCAACGUCCUCCAGAUGUGGACCGAGUUCAUUUAUAUCAUGAUAGCCGCAGAGCAGUGGCCAAGCGAUCGCGGUGAAAUGAAAUACGACAUGUUCCAACACCGCUUUGAGCGAGCGCUCAGCCUGGCCAAGGAGCUCCUAAACUCGGGCUUUUUCCAGUCUUCCACACCUACAUUCUCUAUCGGGACGGGUAUUAUACCCCCUCUGUUCUUCUGUGCGUACAAGUGCCGUGAUCCCUUCUUGCGACGGGAGGCCUUGGUCUUGUUGCGUGGAUGGCAAUUCCAGGAAGGUAUUUGGGAGACGCCGACGGCGGCCUAUGUCUUGGAAAAGAUCAUCGAGAUUGAGCGCAGAGGCCUUUCGCAAGAAGAAAUUGUCCCCGAGACUAGACGUAUCGAGUCUAUGCGUGUGGAAAUACUGCCCGGCAGUCAGAGCAUCCGGUUAUGGUUCCGUCGAUCUCAGCUGUAUAACAGCACUGAUUGGGAGAGCGAAGUAGUGAUAUUUUCUUAA